CCGUCUUUUUGUCGUCGCCAUUUUGGAUUGAGAGUUGGCUCACUUGAAAUAGGUAACGGUAGCUAGCAGCCCGAAUUGACCACCAGUGCAAGUACAAUAAUUACUCAGAGUACGUGUGGUAGUCCUGGCGGUCGUCAGUCUGGGAGUCUUCCUAAGCCCCGCAUCCCUCUGCACCGCCUUUCACUCCUCCAGCUAGCCAGCCAGUAGCGACAGCAAAGCAGAUGUCAGAGCUAACUAGCUAGCAUCGUUAGCUCGCCGUGGAGCCGAGCAUCCGCACCGGCUCCGAGGAGAGCGACCACCAUCGCAGUCUGUUCGUACCCGACCAGCCGGGCAGUGUCUUUUGUUCGCAAAUUUAUGUAGCGAGGAAACCCGUGCGAAGCUAGUCCCCGGACGUAUCUCGAGGAGAGAUGUAUCAGCUUCCAGUGAACAACCUGACACGAAUUAGGAGAGCGAGGAAACAAGUGAAAAGAGCACUUGAAGACAUUGGACUGGAGUACUGCAAGGAGGCAGCUGAGGAGUUCAAAGAGUUUUGUCCUGAUGAGCAAUUUGUAAAGGCUAGUCUUUGCCUUGAUAUCUGUACAUGGGAUCCAUCCUUCUCCAAAACACAGGAAUACAGAUCAAAGCCAUUUUGCUGCACAGAGUGCCCCUUUUCUUCCAAAUACUACUCAGGCUACAAGAAUCACUUCCGCAAUGUACACAGGAAAAUCUUUGAGAGUAAAAUUCUGCUCAACUGUCCAUACUGCACGUUUACGGCUAGCAAGAGAAUUUUGGAGACUCAUGUUAAAAUAUUCCACAUACCCAGCUCAGCGCGGCAGAAGUAUGGAAACCCACAGGGAGCUGCACUGGCAAAGAAGGACAAACUGUUUCUUGACCGGGUCAAGCCGGGAGAUAGUAUGGAGAAAGCAAUGUACUUUUGCAAAAAAUGCUCCUUCCGGGACAGCCUCUACAAUGUGGUGAGAAGGCACAUCUACAGAGAACACUUUCGGCACAUUGUCUCGCCAUAUUUUGCUAUGGUUCCUGAAUCAUCCGUCAAAAAUGGGGCUAAUCCUGUGAAUGGCAACAACAUCCUCUGUAAGCGCUGCCAGUUUUCCACUCGCAGCUACGAGGCUCUAGUACAGCAUGUUGUAGAGUACCACGAGCGCAUUGGUGCUCAAGUAACCACCAUGAUUGGUCACGCCAACAUUAUUGUCUCCAGGCCUCAACCCUUGCCAGUUGCUUCUCAGAAGGCCCCGCUGGUCCUAAGGGGCCAAAAAGUUAGAACUGAUCAAACGGCACAAAAUGUUAUUGGCUAUUUAAAGCCAGUGGCCCCUCCUGCUAAGAAGCAGUCCUCCAUCACAGCCAGUCAGAUACGCGCCACAGUUUCUAGCAACAGCUCAGCGGCUGACAGUAACGCUGCCGGUGUAAACACGGCACAGACCCAGAAGUGGAAGAUUUGUACAGUUUGCAAUGAGCUUUUUCCUGAAAACCUUUACAACGCUCAUUUCGAGAGUGCACACAAGGCGAAGAGAAUUUGGGCACUGGCCAAGUACAUAAUGAAAAUACACAACUUCACCAGCAAGUGUUUGCUUUGCAACCGCUAUCUGCCCAGCGACACCCUGCUGAACCACAUGCUAAUCCACGGGCUCACCUGUCCACAGUGCCACUCUGCUUUCCACAAUGUUGAGAAGAUCAUCGAGCAUGUUGCUCAGUCUCAUCCUGAUGACUUUGUUGGACCCCCUGGUGCAUCGCCCCUGACCUUUGAUCUCACCCUCAAACAAGAUAAGGCCAGUAACGUACAGCUCGUUGUGCUCACUUUUAACAUGAAAGAAUCCAUCAAUGGUAAAGAUCAGUCUGCCCUCGCUCAGAAUAGUGGUCCACCUCAGGGUAAAUUCACCAAUCCCAGAAUCAUUGAAAAGAAAAGUGACCAAUUUCCGAGAAGUUUCUCCGUACUGCCGUACAAGAGUGAAGUUGGGAAGACUCUGUGUCCGCUGUGUUUCACCAUCAUCAAAGGUCCCAUCUCAGACUCUUUGGCCAUGCAUCUGAGGGAGAGACACCAAGUGCUCCAAACAAUGCACCCCGUUGAAAAAAAGAUGACCUACAAGUGCAUUCAUUGCCUGGGAGUGUACACUAGUAACAUGGUUGCCUCCACAAUCACGCUGCAUCUUGUGCAGUGCAGGGCGGUAGGUAGGAACCAGGCAGGCCAAGGCUUCAAGUCUGCCUUGACUCUCAACUCGUCGGGGGCCGGCUUUCUCAAAAGGCAGCCACCCACGCAGGCCAUGUCCAACCCCAAGAAGAUGAAACUGAGCAAGGAGUCAAAGGUUUCCUCCACAACUGUUGGGAAUCCGUCUGAUGGCCUCGCUCUGGAUCCCAGAAGCUAUGAGCACAAGACGUACGAGGCCAGGAAAGAGUUCCUGACUUCCUACUUCAACCGGCGACCGUACCUCUCUUCUCAAGAAGAGGAGAAGCUCUCUGCGAGUCUGUGGCUCUGGAAAUCUGACAUCGCUAGUCACUUUGCAAACAAGCGAAGGAUGUGUGAGAGACAAUGUCAGACCAAGAAGCUGUCGGUGCUGCUCGGCUUCGACAUGUACGCUCUGAACAAAGUGAAGCACGACUUGCUCUUUGUGGAGAGCACGCUUGAUGCCACCUCGACAGGGAGAUCUGGAGGCCUCAAGUCUGGCACUCCAAGCACAGGCCAAAACAAGCAGGGUGAGACCCUAAACUGCACCUUGAAACUCAAUACAUGCGCAGAGACGAUUUCCAUUGACUCAGACAGUGAGCCAGAAACAGAGAACGGACCUACUGAGAACGGACCUACUGAGAACCGACCUGCUGAGAACGGAAGCGUUGACACAAACCAAGACGAGAAUGUAACAUCUGAGGAGGCAGCAAACCUGAAUGAAGAGACGGAACCUUUGAUCACGGCCGAGUCCUCCACAGAGAACGAGAACGCUUUGCAAGAUGGGAACGUAAAUGCUUUGACGACUUCCUGUUAGUGACCCCCGCUUAGCGGUGUGUCUUGGUUGAGAGACGGUGUAUAAAUCAAGAUGGAGAAAGGGGGAAAAAGGAUGUCUACAAAUCAACAAGUGGUUGGGCAAAUGGCAUGUGACAAAAACGUUUCGGUUCUAGACGUUGACCUAGUUCCAGUGCUGGAGAAAAGGAAGAAGAAGUUACAGUAUAGUGCAUAAAUAUGGCAUAUGUAAGUGACAUUGUAUAUAUGUUAGCCUUUCCUCUUUGUUAGUUUCUUCAUGCAAUCUAUUAUUCACUUUUAAUUGUCACCAAAUUUAUGAAAUCAUAAUGCCUCCUUCCCCACUUCCAUGUGUUUUUGGUUUUUUUUUUUCUUUUUCCUCCUGACAAAGAACUGUAUCAUAUUGUCAUUUCACAUUUAGAACGUGUAGGAUAUGCUAAUCGCUUAUGUACAUGUUUUAGUAAAUAUGUUUGAUUAAUAAAAACAUUUGAUUUUUUUUCUUUCCCUA